UCACAUUCAUCUCUUUGCUGCAUGCUUAAAUUCAUAUAGGUUAACCAUGUUUGAACGCAAUGAAAAAACCAUAUUUGUGUUGGACCACACUCGCUACUUUAGCAUAUCCAGUGAACAGUAUAUAUCCAUGGACUAUCUGAAGGGCAAGCCGAUGCCCGCCGAGACGCCGGCUGCGGGCAGCAGCGUCGGCACCCAGCUAAGCAAAAGUUUGUGGACCUGCGCCGUUGAGUCGUCCAUCGAGUAUUGUCGCAUUGUUUGGGAUCUGUUUCCGGGCAGAAAGCAUGUGCGCUUCAUUGUCUCCGAUACGGCUGCGCACAUUGUGAACACCUGGAGCCCGAGCACACAGAACAUGUCACACGUCUCGAACGCCAUGAUGAUGGUCAGCGUGCCAUCGCGCAGCAUUCCACAGUCUUCGGACUAUUCGGUCAUACAUGGCCUGAGGGCUGCCAUCGAGGCCCUGGCAGAGCCAACAGAUGAGCAACUGCAAGCGGCUCAAGUCGGCUGCAAGAAAAUCUCCAACGAGGGUCGUGUCAUCUGCAUUACAUCGGCCCGGGAUAAUACCAGCAUGAAGAGUUUGGAGGACAUUUUCAACACGGUGCUGUUGCAGCAAAACGCUUUGGUUGGGCCGCCUGGCAAGAAGGGUCUGUCCAUAGAUCAUUGUCAUUUGGUGAUAUUGAACAUAGUUCCAUUGGGUGUGGAAUCCUUGGUGACGAAUCGCAGUCUGCUGGAAAUAUCACCGUUGCUGGAUGUGGAAAUACACACAGUACAUGCGCCCAACAUAUCGGACAAGCUUUUGCAUCUGAUUAUGGGACAUUACGAUCUGGCCAGUACAACGGUGACCAACAUACCCAUGAAGGAGGAGCAGAAUGCCAAUUCCAGUGCCAAUUAUGAUGUGGAAAUAUUGCACGCACGCGCCGCCCACACAAAAGUCUGUGGGCCGGAUUUCACGCUGACCACCAGCAUAAAGCCGGGCACCUCCUACGAGACAGUUACCCUGAAAUGGUGCACGCCGCGUGGCUGUGGCUCCUCCGAUCUGCAGCCGUGUGUCGGCCAAUAUAAUGUGACGCCCGUCGAUGUCACCUCGCGUCCCAGCUCCUGUCUGAUCAACUUUCUGCUGAACGGACGCUCUGUGCUGCUGGAAGUGCCACGCAAAACGGGCACCAAGACAACCAGUCACAUGUUGUCCGCUCGUGGCGGCGAGAUCUUUGUGCACUCCCUGUCCAUUGCACGGUCCGCUAUGGAUGAGGCGCCCUCGAUCACCGAUGGCCCUGGUGGACGUGUCGCAGAUUAUCGCAUACCCGAAUUGGGCCAGCUGUUGAAGAUGUCACGCAUGGUGCCCCUCAAAGCCAAGCCCAAGGGCAAAAUGUCGCAGGGCGAACAUCUAUGGAGGCGACUGCCACGCUACUUUCCCAGGACCAUGAAUGUAACCAUACUGUUCAAUUUGCAGCGGCAGCUGAGCUGGCUGCCACACUUUCUGCAUCUGCUCGUCAAGGAGGAUAUGGACAAGCAGGACGAGGUGCGCUGCCAACAGCAGAUCCAUGAACUAUACAAAAGCGCAUCCCGCGGCGACAUGCUACCCUUCACCAACACAAAUAAUACGCGACCGAAGAUGAGCAAAACCAAGGAUCAGUACCGACUUUUCUACAGGGAGCUGGAGCAACUAAUUCAGUUGAACGUGCAAACGGUGCAUCACAAGAAUCUGCUCGAGAGUCUGCAAAGCUUGCGCGCUGCCUACGGUGAUGUAACCAACAAAUCCGAGCCAGGCGCCGCCCACUUGCGAUCCUAUACAGAAUCGCCGCUUUCGCCCGAACGACUGGAACCCAACAGCACCAGCAGCAGUUCCAACAGCUUACUGAAAGCCAGCAAGCGACGCAUGUCCAGCUCUGGACAGCGCUCGCUGCUUGACAUGAUUAGCUCGGCGGAACGCAGCCAGUCGAGUAAGCGACUGGAUUUCACUGGACGCCUUUGCACACCCAUCGGUCAAACUGCUAAACUGUAUCCCGAUUUUGGCAACAAGGACAAGGAUAUACUGACACCGGGCGUGAUCCCGUCGAAUCUGAAAGACGAUUCCAUUCGCAGUUAGAACUGGUUGACCAGGCCACCUUAAGGCCCAAGCAGGAAAAGUUAAUGUCUAGAAAAAAGACAAUGAUUUUCUCAUCUAUUUAAUUGUAAUUUUAAAUGAUACAUUUAUGCGAAAACAACUUGAUAUAUUUAAUUUUGUUAAGUAAGAAUUUGUGGAAAGGAGUCAUGCUAUUUAUUUAUUAGACUCCCUUUAGAAUAGUUUUCCACAUAGAAUGCUUUGCGUCAACUGUUUCUUUCUUAUUUUUUUCAUUUAAUUGGUUAUUUAGU